AUGACCACCACGUCGCCUGCCACGUCGGCGCUGCACAAAGACAAUUCGACGCCGCCAAAGGUCUCUGCAGCGCCAAAACACGACUACAAGGGGUUUGUCGCUGGCGUGUUUUCAGGCGUGGCGAAACUAAGUGAGUCUAAUCGGGAUACUCGCAGAUUCGACACGAUCAAAGUCCGGCUCCAAACAAGCAAAAAUGCCCAAUUCAAGGGCCCACUUGAUUGCGUUUUGCAGACUGUUCGCAAAGAGGGAUUACGGGGUUUUUACAAGGGCGCCACCCCCCCGCUGGUCGGGUGGAUGAUGAUGGACUCGGUAAUGCUAGGUUCUCUCACGCUCUAUCGGCGUCUGCUCCUCGAAAAUGUGUUUUCGAUCCCCCGCGUACGGGAGGUCAUUCCGUUCGCCAAGGGCUCGAAUCUCGACACGCUGCCCAGCGUUGGACAUGGUAUUGCAGGAAUAUUGGCUGGAUGCACGGUUAGCUUUAUCGCAGCUCCCGUCGAACACGUCAAGGCCCGGUUGCAGAUCCAGUACGCUGCAGAUAAGAAGCAACGGAUGUACAGCGGACCUAUUGACUGCAGUAAGAAGAUUGUUAGUAUACCCCCCCGGGUCAAAGUCCUCGACACUGUACUGAUUUGUAUUAUCUUCCAGCUCCGAAGCCAUGGAAUCGCCGGCCUAUUUCGCGGACUCUGUGCCACACUUUUGUUUCGGUCGUUUUUCUUCUUCUGGUGGGGCUCUUAUGAUGUGAUAUCACGGAUCAUGAGAGAGAAAACAAGCCUUUCAGCGCCAGCAAUCAACUUUUGGGCCGGCGGUAUUUCAGCGCAGAUUUUCUGGAUCACCUCGUACCCUUCGGACGUGGUCAAGAACCGACUCAUGACCGAUCCGCUCGGAGGAGCCCACGGCGACGGUGAACGGCGAUUCCGGCGGUGGAAGGAUGCUGCCAUCGCCGUGGGCCGAGAGAGAGGAUGGAAGGGAUACUGGCGAGGGUUUUUGCCCUGCUUUUUGCGUGCAUUUCCGGCGAAUGCGAUGGCGCUUGUUGCUUUUGAGGGCGUUAUGAGAUGGCUGCCAUAG